AUGACUAGCAAGUUCGACCCAUUUGACCGUGUGGAUCUGACCUACAAGGUCAUCCACAAUCAGCCGUUGAUUGCCUCUGUCCUCAUCCCUAAGGCUCUGGCCUCGCAACCCGCAUGCGAUUACCCCGUGUUGGUCAAUUGGCACGGUGGGGGAUUCAUCAUUGGCCACCGGCUGUAUGAAGGCUGGUUUGCUCCCUGGGCCCUUGAAAUGAUCCUCACCAUGCCCGCCAUUCUCAUUGCUCCCGACUACCGCCUCCUUCCCGAGAGCAACGCCACGGAAAUCCUUUCCGACCUUGACACCUUCUGGACCUGGAUGCAGACCACUCUCCCCAGUCUCACAGCUACCUGGCACGCGCGUCCGGACUUGAGCCGCCUCGCGUGCGCCGGCACCUCCGCGGGCGGCUACCUCGCCAUUCAGUCAGCCCUGCUCUUCCCUGCUCAGAGCAAUAUCAAGGUCCUCCUCUCGAUUGCCGGGGCCCUGAACACCGACAUCCCCCAUUAUACCGUUCCGGGACCGAAGAUGAUUCUCGGCCGCCUGCCGCCGUCGCCGCGCGCCGCACAGCGCAUCCUGCGCGACUAUGUACGCCGCCAUGUGCGGCCGGGGGCGGUGCGCACGAGCGGCGAUGCGGUGGAAAUGUGGGAGCUCCUGACCUGUGUGUUGCAGCAGGCGUGUUUGCCGCGGUGGCUGGGUUUCAACCGGAGUCCCGGCCAGCAUGAGCAGAUCAACCCAAUGGCGGGCUUGGAGAGGGUGGCGGAGAAGGUGGUGAGGAUGCCGCCGCUGUGGGUGGUUCAGGGAGAUCGAGAUUCUGUGGUACCCCCGAUCUGUUCGACCGGGUUCAUCGAUAAAAUGCAGCAGGUCUGUCCCCAAGUGCCCGUUCUCCUGAGUCUGCAGCCUGGCGAUCACGGGUUUGAGGUGAUGCAUACAGUGGAGGAUGAAUGGGUGCAGGAAGGAUUGGACUUUAUGAAGCAGUACUGGUUGUGA